AUGGACGAUCCCGCAUUCUUAUCCCUUCCUUUCCAGGAGCAGGUGAAGAUAUACGACAGUCAACCUGCCUUGGAAGCUCCCGAAGGCAUCACUCCAAAUUUUGAACACCCGGGAGCCGAAAAUGGCAAAUCCAUCACGAUCGUUGUCCUUUGUUUAACUGCAACAACUAUUCUGUUCUCAUUACGUGUUUACUCUAGGUUAUUCUGCCUGAAGAAGGUCUGUUAUGUUGUCCUAUGCGCUAUCAUAUUCGUCAUGAUCAGAUCACAAGGAUUUUACGUCCAUCAAUGGAAUAUUCAUAUGGGUGAAAUGGUGGAAAUGUUAUUGCUUGCUCAAGUUCAAAUGACAUUCUACAAUCUUACUAUGUGGUUCUCGAAAGCUGCGAUCCUUCUGGAGUGGUCUCGUAUAUUUCCCCCGUAUCCUAUCCGAAACACAUUUUUUUGGACUUGUCAUGCAUUGAUCUGGGGGAAUGCCGCGCUCUAUAUCGCUGCUACUAUAUUCACACAUUUAUCAUGCAUACCUUACAAGAAAAUGUUCUAUCCAUGGGUUGCCGGAUAUUGUCAUGAAAGGAAAAGCCUAGACUUAUUCGUCCCUGCUUUCAACCUUGCGGUUGAUCUCACAAUUCUCGCAUUUCCACAGAGGACCAUCUGGAAACUUAAUCUGCCCCGCAAACGAAAGGUUGCCGUCUCCAUCAUUUUCUCUAGUGGAUUGAUGGCUUGUGCAUGCGCCGCUGCCCGUGUGCAUGUUUCUGUACGAUCCAUACAGAUGACGGAUUUUCUCUGGAUAGGAUCCCAGAGUAUUCUUUGGGGCUUAGGUGAAAUGACCUUUGCUUUCGCUGUUUUCUGCGUCCCUGCUAUUCCGAAAGCUUUCAAAGGAUCUCGUAUCGCAGAACUUCCGAGAUAUUUCUGGACUAAAUUACGCUCAACCGCGUCACUAUCGAAACGUCCGUCAAAUGAGUCAGGCCAGACUUCUUGGCCUCAGCCAGAAAAGAUCCCCUCUAGCUCCGAAACCUAUGGACAUAUGCAUAUGGGCUACAGUGGACGUCAUCAAAAAAGUAUUGGAAGAAUACAUUCUGAGGAGGUAGGCUCAGCAAAUGCGUUGGGCGACCUGUCCAAGUCACCUGAUACUGGUGUUCUCUUGACAACAGAUUUUGUAACCUCAGUAGACACAAAUUCUCUUAGGUCGGAUGAACAGCCUUUCAAGCGACAACACCCCUGGGUAUGAUGUACUUGGAUUCAUUGAAUAAUCACCUACCUUGUCUGAGAUAUCUCGUUGCGGAAAUGGUGGAAAAGGUGGCUAGGGUUGGCUGAGUUAAUUGCGUUAAGAGGAAAAUGUACGGUGGUCAUAGGCAUAAAAGUGGCAUACAGAAUUAGUAUCAAU